AUUUAACUUAGUUUUGUGUUUACAAACGAAGACGGUGCUUCAAGACCGCAUUUAUUACACAGUUAGGAAGAAUGUUAUUGUUUGGAGCAGGUUUUGCAACAGUGUUGCCCAUGGUGUUCGGCCUCCUACGGAUCCGGCACUCCGGGGACAAGGCUGGGUGUCCUGAUGGCGAACCCAUGAUGAUUCUUCAAGCUAAUCAGUUAUUGGAAUGUUUUCGACAAUGUAGCAAAAUAGCUGCUUGCAAGUCGUUUUCGUUCGCUGACAGAAAGUGUGAGCUGUUUAAUGCUUCUAUUGUACCGGGCAAAGGAAGCGGGUGUUACGCUACAGAGAAACCAGAAUACGUUAUGUUCUGCGAGAACCAAAUGUACACCUUGUCCUGUCCACUCAACCUGCAACUGAACAUCAUCGGCGCCAACUAUGGUCGGACAAGAGCAGAUUACUGCCCAGGUCCGAUUCAAACUACGGACUGCGUUCUAGACUCCAGCCUUUCUAAGGUCCAGGCUGCAUGCCAAGGGAAGAAUUCAUGCGUGAUUUCGUCAAAUGUCGAGUUUUUCGGCAAGGACCCCUGUUAUGGCACGUACAAAUACGUCGAAGUGACUUAUACGUGUAUAUAGGUGGAAAACGUCUCAUAGUGAAGCUAACUUGUCGUUGACAACCGUGCUGUUUAGAUUUUAUUCUUGCUUUAACAAUAUUGCACGGACAUUUUAUAUGUCCUGUGUGUAAACACACUUGCCAGACGUUGACGAUAAAUAAUGCUGCAUGCGUCUAACAAUGGGAGCUGUUAGUCAAUAAUUAAUAGAGACAUUUUCAUCACCAUUCAUUAUUCAUUAUUCUAACACGGUACACGACUUGUUUUCUAUAGACAAAGAAGGAAAUCAAGUGUGGGUUAUUCUGCAAUAACUUAUGGGCGGAGCUUAAUUUUUCGAAAAUAGUUCCGAAUAAAUAAAGAAAAUAUUGCAGUAAAAUGCACGUGCUAAAACCUGCUCUAAAAGAAAUGUAAUACAUGUAGCAUGUAUAUAAAUGUAAUGAAACAAUAAAUUUUGUAUAUUU